CCUCUCCUUUCUCUCUCUGUCUGUCUGUCAAACAAUUCUUCUUAUUAAAAUGUUGCUCAUACCCAUUACACAGCAUUACUAGUCUCUGUAUUCUAGUAGUCUAAGCAUUUAGAUCAAGAUUCAAUUGCAUCAUUGAAUCUCUCUCUCUCUCUCUACUCUGUGUCUAUUAACUUAAAUGGCCUCAGUAUUGGCUAGCCAUAGCUGUUAUUGCCGCGAUUUGGACUUGAUGAAUCAUGGAAAAGGAGUUGAUAAUCUCAGUUUUUGUAGCUCAAUCUCAAUUCAGCAACUCCCAAAGUUUGAGAGGCAAACAAGUAAUUCAUGCACUAGUGAUAAAUUCUUAUGGUUUCAAGUCAAAAUGCAACAGACUGAAUCGCCUAGGAAAUUGGGUUCGAAUGGUAGACCUAUUAAAAUGGUACCUACCAGUGAGGUAAUGAAAAAGAAAACUCAAUCAGUUGGUAAUGCAGAGGUAGUGAAUGGUUCGAAGCGGGUUGUUAAUGGAGCUGUUAAUGGAGCAAGCAUUGUUAAGAGAGAUGCUUCUUCUGCCCUGGUUAAGACCACAAAAAUUAGGGGCUCUAAAGAGCUUCCACCGAUCGAAGGCCUAAAGGUUCUUCCCUCAGAUGAAGGUUUCAGUUGGGCCAGUGAGAAUUAUAAUUCGGUUCAAAGAACUAUAGAUGUGUGGUCUUUCGUGCUUUCUUUACGUGUUCGUGUUAUGUUCGACAAUGCAAAAUGGGCAUACAUUGGAGGCUUCACUGAAGAUAAGCAGAAAAACAGAAGAAGAAAAACUGCCUCAUGGUUACGAGAAUGUGUAUUGCAACUUGGUCCAACUUUUAUCAAACUUGGACAGUUAUCCUCGACAAGGUCUGAUCUUUUUCCACGUGAGUUUGUGGACGAGCUAGCCAAGUUGCAGGAUAAGGUACCUGCGUUCUCACCAAAGAAAGCAAAAGCCUUCAUUGCAAAUGAAUUGGGAGCUCCAGUUGACAUAUUAUUUAAAGAGUUUGAAGACCAGCCAAUUGCAGCUGCUAGCCUUGGUCAGGUGCAUCGGGCUGUAUUACAUAAUGGAGAGAAAGUUGUUGUGAAAGUUCAAAGACCUGGCCUCAAGAAACUCUUUGAUAUUGAUUUACGAAAUUUAAAGCUAAUUGCUGAAUACUUUCAAAAAAGCGAAACACUUGGUGGUCCAACCAGGGAUUGGAUUGGAAUAUAUGAAGAAUGUGCCAAGAUUUUGUACGAAGAAAUUGAUUAUAUAAAUGAAGGGAAGAACGCUGAUAGAUUCCGCCGGGAUUUUCGAAAUGUCAAGUGGGUUCGAGUACCUCUGGUGAUUUGGGAUUAUACCGCAACGAAGGUAUUAACAUUGGAGUACGUUCCAGGUGUCAAGAUAAAUUAUUUGGAAAUGAUAGAUGCACGGGGUUAUAGUCGAUCUCAAAUUUCCUCACGUUCUAUUGAAGCAUACUUAAUUCAGAUUCUGAAAACUGGUUUCUUUCAUGCUGAUCCUCAUCCUGGAAAUCUUGCUAUUGACGUGGAUGAAUCACUAAUUUAUUAUGAUUUUGGUAUGAUGGGAGAGAUUAAGUCUUUUACACGUGAGAGAUUGCUUGAUCUCUUUUAUGCAGUUUAUGAGAAAGAUGCAAAAAAGGUUAUGCGCAGUCUCAUAGAUCUUGGAGCACUUCAGCCGACAGGAGACCUGGCAUCGGUUAGGAGAUCCGUGCAGUAUUUCUUGGAUAAUUUGUUGAGUCAGAGGCCAGACCAACAGCAGACUUUGUCUGCAAUUGGUGAGGAUUUGUUUGCUAUAGCACAAGAUCAGCCAUUCCGGUUUCCAUCCACCUUUACCUUUGUGUUAAGGGCAUUUUCAACACUUGAAGGUGUUGGCUACACGCUCGACCCAGAUUUCUCGUUCGUAAAGAUUGCUGCACCUUAUGCCCAGGAGCUGUUGGACUUAAAGCAGAAGCAGCGCACUGGAACUCAACUUGUUCAGGAAAUACGGAAACAAGCUGAUGAUGCCAGAUCAUACACCAUGUCCAUGCCAUACAGAGUCCAACAGAUAGAAGAGAUUGUGAAACAACUCGAGUCAGGAGACUUGAAACUCCGAGUCCGGGUCCUCGAGUCUGAACGCGCAGCUCGGAAGGCAACAAUACUGCAAAUGGCAACAAUGUAUACAGUUCUAGGAGGUACACUACUAAACCUCGGGGUCACAUUGGGAAAUCAAGGCACUCAAGUAAUUGCAAACGGAUCAUUUAUUGGUGCAGGUGUUUUUUUUAUGCUGCUUAUGAGGUCCAUGCAAAGGGUGAAGAAGCUUGAUAAAUUUGAGAACAUGAUAUGAUUAAACACACAGCACAAAGUCGCAACAAAUUGUCUCCCGAUUUAUUGGUUAUUGAAUUCGGAUUUCUUUUCUUUUUUGGUCCAUUUGUCCAAUAGCUAUAUGAUUUGUACAGUUAACACAAACAUAGGGGCAUGAUUAUUACCCUUGUAUUUCACAGAAAUUUAUAUAUAAAGUUUUAUGGUUCAACGCA